CAUCAUCCCUCCCUUCCUCACGCGGUCUCCGCCCCCCAAAUCGCAUUCCUCUCCUCGCCGCCGUCCGCCGCCGCUCGCUCGCCAUGGACGCCGCCAAGCCCGCCCCGGCCCCCGCCCGCCCCGCCGGCCCCGGGCUCUACGCCGACAUCGGCAAGAAGGCCAGAGAUCUCCUCAACAGGGACUACACCACGGGCCAGAAGUUCACCUUCACCACCACCGCCGCCAACGGAGCUACAAUUACUAGUUCGAGCACAAAGAAAAAUGAAGCUAUCGUGGCUGACCUCCAGACCCAGGUGAAGAUCAAGAAUUUCACAGUGGAUGUGAAAGCAACUUCGGACUCAAGUGUUGUAACUACAAUCACUGUUCCUGAGCUGUACACACCGGGCUUGAAGGGAGUUCUUUCUCUUCCUUUCCCCUACCAGAAGUCUACCCCUGGGAAGGCUGAACUCCAGUACUUGCAUCCCCAUCUUGGCAUCAACGGCAGUGUUGGCCUGAAUUCAAACCCUCUUGUUAACUUUUCUGGUGUCAUUGGGACUAAGGCUUUUGCUUUUGGUGUUGAUGUUGCAUUUGACACUGCCUCUGGUGACUUCACCAAGUACAAUGCUGGACUGAGCCACACUAAUCAAGAUCUUACUGCUUCGUUGAAUCUGAACAACAAGGCAAACACCCUGGCUGCUUCCUACUACCACCAGGUGCAGCGCACCACUGCUGUGGGAGCAGAGAUCGCUCACAGCUUCUCGAGCAACGAGAACACCAUCACCGUCGGGACGCAGCACGAGCUGGACCCCCUGACGACCGUGAAGGGGCGCUACAACAACUUCGGCAUCGCAAGUGCGCUCAUCCAGCACGCGUGGAGGCCCAAGUCUCUCAUCACCUUCUCCACCGAGGUUGACACCAAGGCCAUUGAGAAGAGCCCCAAGUUCGGGCUGGCCCUGUCACUCAAGCCCUGAUGUGGGAUUCGUGGGUGCGUUAGGAUGCUAGCAUUUUGGUACCAUCAGCUCUUGGUCCAGCGAACAAAGCUUGGACAGACAGAACUUGUAAUGCCCAACUUUGGUGACGCGACAAACUUAUGUCGUUUUUUAGCCUGUUCUACCUGAGGGGGUUUUCUACCCUGUUGAUCUGUGCUACUGGUCGUUAUGCACGGGCGUAUUGCGAAUUUGCGAUGUCGUGAAAUCUGAAUGCCACUUGGAUGUGCCA